CAAUUUCAAAUCCUGAGUGCUGGCAUUCAAAUAAAAAACACUCUUACAAGAUGAAGUACCCUACUGCUUUCUUAUUUAUGUUCUCUGCGUUGAUUUUUCAAGUCAUCAUUGCUUCUCCCGUCCCAACUACUGAGGAAGGCAAUGUCAAAUUGAACAAACGUAACCCUGUCGAAAGUACAGUAACCGUGAACGAUCUUCAUCUUCGUAAUCUUGCAGAAGGAUUGGAAGCACCUACUUUGGUCAAGCGUGGUCAUCAUCAUGGCUGGGGUGGCUUUGGUAAACAUGGCUUUAGAGGCAUGUUCGGAGGCUGGCGUCAUCGCGGUCGAUUCUGGUGACGGUCAAGCGCUUUUUCCAGGAGAUAUGAUUGAAAAUGCUUUAAGCGGCUAUAGUUUUUUCAGCUGUACUGCACUUCAAUUCUUCACCUUCCAUCAUCAUCAGAACUUAUCGAUAUCACUUCUUGAGCUGACCAAAAAACUUCAUAACAUCUUUCCAAAACCUUGC